GUGCGGGGCACUUCCGCUCCAGGAAGGCGAGGUCGGGGCCGAGGUUGCUGGCCGUGAGUUUUGCCUUCCCAAACUCUGCCCUUCCCCAGGAGAAGGAGAAAAAUGACCAAGUUCCAGGAGGCGGUGACAUUCAAGGAUGUGGCUGUGGUCUUCAGUGAGGAGGAGCUGGGGCUGCUGGACCCCACCCAGAGGAGGCUGUACCGAGAUGUGAUGCUGGAGAACUUCAGGAACCUGGUCUCUGUGGGGCAUUCAUCCUCCAAACCAGAUGUGAUAUCCCAAUUGGAGAGAGAGGAAAAGCUUUGCACAAAGGAGUUCCAUACUCAAGGAGGAGGCAGGAAUCAAAAGGAGAUGACGACUUUUCAUGAAGCAGGAAUAAGGUGCCUUUCAUUAGGGGAGCUUUCAUGUUGGCAAAUCAAGAGACAUGUGAGCAAAUUAACCAAAAAUCAAGACUCUGUGAUAAAUAUUCAAGGAAAGAGUUCUCAGCUCCCCGACCAGUGUGAUUCCCCCUGUCAAGUUGGAGCAGGAAUAUGUAUUCAGGCUUCUGUGGAGGACAGCUGUAUAAUGAAUCUUAUAGAGGAUCAUUCCAAUAUUAUUGAAAAUCAAGAAUUUCUGGCCCAGAGAACUCCGAAUUCUUGGAGUAAAAUAUAUCUCAGCGAAAUGCAGAAUUAUCAGAGAAGUUGUAAGCAGACUCCAAUGAAAAACCAGUUAUGUAUAUUUGCUCCGUAUGUUAACAUUUUCAGUUGUAUUUCACACCACCACGAUGAUGAUACAGUGCACAAAAGAGACAAAGCUCACAACAACAAUUGUGAUAAAGACAUCUUAAAGGUGUCCCCUCUCUCCCAGCAGACCUACCACUGUAGCGAAUGUGAAAAAGCCUUCAGUGAUGGCCCCAGCCUUGAACUUCAUCAGCAGGUACACUCUGGAAAGAAGUCCCCCCCUUACAGCACACAUGAGAAGGACCCUGGUUAUAGCUCAGCUAUUCCUGUUCAACAAAGUGUUUAUACAGGAAAAAAACGCUAUUGGUGUCAUGAGUGUGGGAAGGGUUUCAGUCAGAGCUCAAACCUGCAAACUCAUCAGAGAGUCCACACAGGGGAGAAGCCCUAUUCGUGCCUUGAGUGUGGUAAGAGCUUUAACCAGACCUCACAUCUUUAUGCCCAUUUGCCUAUUCACACAGGAGAGAAACCCUACAGAUGUGAAAGUUGUGGGAAGGGCUUCAGUCGUAGCACGGAUCUGAAUAUUCAUUGCAGAGUUCACACUGGAGAGAAACCUUACAAGUGUGAGGUGUGUGGGAAGGGCUUCACUCAAAGGUCACAUCUCCAGGCCCACGAGAGAAUCCAUACUGGAGAGAAACCAUAUAAAUGUGGAGAUUGUGGUAAACGCUUUAGUUGUAGCUCAAAUCUUCAUACCCAUCAGAGAGUCCACACUGAAGAGAAACCCUACAAGUGUGAUGAGUGUGGGAAGUGUUUCAGUUUGAGCUUUAAUCUUCAUAGUCAUCAACGAGUCCAUACAGGAGAGAAACCAUACAAGUGUGAAGAGUGUGGGAAGGGUUUUAGUUCAGCCUCAAGUUUCCAGAGCCAUCAGAGAGUUCACACAGGAGAGAAACCAUUUCGAUGCAACGUGUGUGGUAAAGGCUUCAGUCAAAGCUCGUAUUUUCAAGCCCAUCAGAGGGUCCACACUGGAGAAAAACCAUACAAAUGUGAGGUGUGUGGGAAGCGCUUCAAUUGGAGCUUGAAUCUUCACAAUCAUCAGAGGGUCCACACAGGAGAGAAACCUUAUAAAUGUGAAGAGUGUGGGAAGGGCUUUAGUCAGGCCUCAAAUCUUCAAGCUCAUCAGAGUGUCCAUACUGGGGAGAAGCCAUUCAAAUGUGAUGCAUGUCAGAAGCGAUUCAGCCAGGCCUCACAUCUUCAAGCCCAUCAGAGAGUCCACACCGGAGAGAAACCAUAUAAAUGUGAUACAUGUGGUAAGGCCUUCAGCCAGAGGUCAAAUCUUCAAGUCCAUCAGAUAAUUCACACUGGAGAGAAACCGUUUAAAUGUGAGGAGUGUGGGAAAGAAUUUAGUUGGAGUGCUGGGCUCAGUGCUCAUCAGAGAGUUCACACAGGAGAGAAACCAUAUACAUGUCAGCAGUGUGGUAAGGGCUUCAGUCAGGCCUCACAUUUCCACACACAUCAGAGGGUCCACACUGGAGAAAGGCCAUACAUAUGUGAUGUCUGUUGUAAAGGCUUCAGCCAGAGAUCACAUCUUGUCUAUCAUCAGAGAGUCCACACUGGAGGAAAUCUAUAGAUGUGAGGUGUGAUGUCAUCUUUGUUAGAGUUCACGCCCUCAUCUCUAUUGGAAGAUCAAUGCUGGUAAUUGUGGAAUGUUCCUUCCAAACUCAGAAGCUUCAAGGAAUCUUCACAUGCAAAUCAGCUCUGCAAAAUGCUGUUUUAAGGACUCGUUGGAGAUAAAUUCUUUGCAAACAUCACAUUUAAUAGAUGAGAGAAAACCUAUAAAUACAAUCAGUGUUUAUACGAGAGUUCUGAAUGUCCCAGUUUUCAAGAUGCAACACAAAAGAAUUUCAAAGUUCAUCUGAAUUUACCCAGGAAAGAAGCCUUAUAAAUGAAGACUAGGGGGGCAGGACUUUAAUGAAGUAUAAUGAUGGACAAAUAAAAUUAAUGGCAACAGCAAUGUAACCUCCAUGUAGGGAGGGAGGUUUUUCACUACUUUAUCUCUACCAUGUAGAAGUGUGCUUGGCUCAUAAUAGAUGCCCAGCAAUUACUGAACAAAGUGAGAAAAUCUAGGAUAAAUAUUUGAAAAUUCUACUCCCCUACCCUGAUUUCAUAACAACAUACUCAAAGGGAACCCUGCUAGUAGCCUUAAUGAGAUUAAUUUCUGGAAACGUUCAAGUACAGAAAAUCAUGCCAUGCUGCCAUCCAUAGUAAUGCAAAUUUGGAUGAAUUUGUGAAUGGCCCCCAUCCUCCAUCUGGCCCUGGUUUGUUGUAGUCAGGACAUGUGUACAGUGUAAUAUUUAGUAUCAUUAGUUUGUAUUUUAUAGACUAAGAAAAUACUGUUUUUAAUCUAAUAAUAUGAUACAACAAUUUAUAUGCUUGGAAAUUUUGGAUCCUAAUACG